GAUACUGUUUGUUUCACCGACAAUUUGCGGCCCGUUGUCUCCCACUUGACUUGGAUGAUUCUUUGCAGGCUGUAGCGUGUUUAACGGACAUGAACGCUCUUCUGGACCGCUUUCACAACUAUAUCUUGCCACAUUUAAGAGGAGAGGACCGCGUCUGUCAUUGCAACUGUGGAAGGCAACAUGUGCACUACGUGAUCCCGUACGACGGGGACCAGUCGCUGGUGGACUCGGUGGAGAAUUACUUUGUGAGCAGCGGCGUGACCAAGCAGGAGAUGGACCUGAUGCUGGGCCUGCUGCUGGGCUUCUGCCUCAGCUGGCUACUGCUGUGGCUGGACGGCCUGCUGCAGUGCGCCCUCAGGGCAUGGAGGGCCAGCCCACACAGCGAGAUCGUGUGGGAGUGGCUGAGCCGCGUGUGUAACCUGCGGGACCUGCGCAGGCGUCUGCAGCUGCGGCUGCUGGAGGACUCCGGGGGGAACAUGGUGCACAUCAAGCAGAGGGUCUACCACAACGGACACCCAAGCCCCCGGCACCUCUGA